CAUAAGUCGCUGGGAAAUGAGAAAAACAGAAAAAUGGGUUUUACUUGAAGCUUCACUCUGAUUUCUCUUACAAAGUAUGUAGUCCGAGCUGACAACUACCGGGGUUUCUUGCCGAGUGAUCGUCAAUUGAUGCAUUGAUCGCAAAGUUAGAGCCGAGUUGGAAGCGAGAAUUGGGCGGAACUGAUGGGCAGUAGCCGGGAGGCCUAGAAGACAGUUGCAUUUCUUAUGGAGUCCGAGCCUUCGGGGCCUCGUCGCUUCAAGAGCAAUUCCCAAUACAUACAUGCGGGAUGCAAUCCGUCCGGCGGUGGCACUACCUUGAUACAUACCGCCGCCGUGGAGCCCUCGACCGCUCAUGUGUCUGGUCUAAUCUAGACUACUCCGCUUCGCAUACGGUAUGUAAGGCAGACUCCUAGCACAGUUUCCCAGCAACCACCCAAGAUGCCCUCCUCGAACCCGCUCCUCUCACUGAGUGUCCUCCUCCUGCUAUGCACGCGCGCCGCGUGGGGUCUGACGGGCCUCAUCGUCCCGCUCUACGUCUACCCCACCAACAACAAGGCCUGCGACCAAUGGGCCUCGAUCAUCUCCGCCCUCUCCGCGGCCCCGCACACCGUCCCCACCAUCUUCGUCAUCAACCCGCAGAGCGGGCCCGGGCCCGCGGGGAGCCAGCCGACCACCGACUACCAGCAGUGCAUCCCGCGGCUGCGCGCGAGCGCCGGGGGCAGCGCGACGCUCGUCGGGUAUGUGCCGACGGGCUUCGGACAGCGGGACAGCGGUGCUAUCAAUGCAGACGUGGACACGUACAAGGGAUGGGCCAGCGCGUAUGCGAUGCAAGGCAUCUUCUACGACGAGGCGUCGCAGGCCGCCGGGGACGAGCCCUUCUAUCAAUCCAUCGUCACGCACGCGAAAAACGCGGGCCUCUCUUUCACCGUGCUCAAUCCAGGUGCGGUGCCGGACUCGGGGUACUUUGCAUUCGCGGACGUCAUCUGCACCGCGGAGGCGUUCUACAAGGGAUUCUCGGUUUCGUCGCUCACCAUCUCGGCUGCCGCGCCGGCCUCGAAGCAGGCUGUGAUCCUGCACGACGCCCCCCGCUCGCCGUCGAACCUCAGCGCCGUCAUCCAGCAGGUGUCCAGCGCCGGCGUGGGCUGGUUCUAUGCAACGAAUGGCCUGCAGACGGGAAACACCUACGGCAGUGUGCCGCCGUUCUUUGCGACCGAGCUCAACGAUCUCGCGGCCCUGGCGUGAUUGCACCUUCAGGGUUCAGGUAAAAAGAUCACAUUGGCUUUCUGGUCCUCAGAUAGUGCUCUUGAUCCUAGUCAGAACGUUUCAUUAGGAAAUCUAUCACAUUCUCCUUGCGACCAUACGCAACAGAUGUUCGAUUCAAUGCAGGCAUGACACGACAAACAUAGGG